CGUUAAAUACCAUUCCAUCACUUCUCUUUCUCUCUCUUCUUCACUCCUCGACGCCGAGGCCUCUCCUCACAAAACCCUAGAGCCGCCGCAAUCUCUCCGGCCAUGGCCACUCGCCGGGCCCUCUCCUCCCUCCUGCGUUCCUCCUCCCGCCGCCCGUUUUCUUCCAGAUCCCCUUUCACCGGUCCCAGAUGUCCCUCCCAUUCCCCCGUAUCCCGCCCUUCCCCCACUGGAUUCCUCCUUUCCCGAGCUGCCGAGUAUGCUACAGCUGCCGCCGCGGCAACCCCCGCCCCUUCUGCUCCGCCAUCUAAGCCUGCUGGUGGCCCCGGAGGUAAGAUCACAGACGAGUUCACUGGCGCCGGCUCGAUCGGGAAGGUUGCACAGGUGAUCGGUGCCGUCGUUGACGUUAGGUUCGAUGAGGGUUUGCCCCCGAUCUUGACCGCUUUGGAGGUCCAAAAUCAUUCGAUCCGAUUGGUCCUCGAGGUCGCACAGCAUCUUGGAGAGAACAUGGUGAGGACCAUCGCUAUGGAUGGUACUGAAGGAUUGGUUCGUGGGCAGGCAGUAUUGAACACCGGAUCUCCGAUCACUGUUCCUGUUGGGAGGGUGACUCUUGGACGAAUCAUGAAUGUUAUCGGGGAGCCGAUUGACGAGAAGGGUGAAUUGAAGACCAACCAUUUCCUCCCCAUUCAUCGUGAAGCACCUGCAUUUGUUGAGCAGGCAACAGAGCAACAGAUCCUCGUCACUGGAAUCAAGGUUGUUGAUCUUCUGGCCCCUUACCAAAGGGGUGGAAAGAUUGGGCUCUUCGGUGGUGCUGGGGUCGGGAAAACUGUGCUUAUUAUGGAACUGAUCAAUAAUGUUGCUAAAGCUCAUGGUGGUUUCUCUGUAUUUGCUGGUGUUGGAGAACGUACUCGUGAAGGCAAUGACUUGUACAGGGAAAUGAUUGAGAGUGGUGUCAUUAAGCUAGGUGACAAGCAGAGUGAGAGCAAAUGUGCUCUUGUAUAUGGACAAAUGAAUGAGCCUCCUGGUGCACGUGCUCGUGUGGGGCUGACUGGGUUAACGGUGGCUGAGCAUUUCCGAGAUGCUGAAGGGCAGGAUGUGCUACUUUUCAUUGAUAACAUUUUCCGUUUCACCCAGGCAAACUCAGAAGUGUCUGCUUUGCUUGGCCGUAUUCCAUCUGCUGUCGGUUACCAACCAACUCUGGCCACUGAUCUUGGUGGGCUUCAAGAACGUAUUACAACGACGAAAAAGGGUUCUAUCACUUCUGUACAGGCUAUUUAUGUCCCGGCUGAUGACUUGACUGAUCCAGCCCCUGCCACUACCUUUGCACAUCUUGAUGCCACAACUGUGUUGUCACGUCAGAUUGCUGAGCUUGGUAUUUACCCUGCGGUGGAUCCUCUUGACUCCACAUCCAGAAUGCUUUCUCCCCAUGUGCUUGGAGAAGAUCACUAUAACACUGCUCGUGGUGUUCAGAAGGUCCUUCAGAACUAUAAGAACCUUCAGGAUAUUAUUGCUAUCCUGGGAAUGGAUGAGCUCAGUGAAGAUGACAAGUUGACUGUUGCUCGCGCUCGCAAGAUUCAACGGUUCCUGAGUCAGCCUUUCCAUGUUGCUGAAGUUUUCACUGGUGCACCUGGGAAGUAUGUUGAUUUGAAAGAAAGUGUUGCCAGCUUCCAGGGAGUUUUGGAUGGAAAGUAUGAUGACCUUCCAGAGCAGUCAUUUUAUCUGGUUGGAGGUAUUGAUGAAGUUAUUGCCAAAGCUGAGAAGAUAGCGAAGGAAUCCUCCACUUGAGCUUGAUUUUCUUCCUUACAUUUAAUAAUUACGACGAUGCAGUUGAACCAAUCGCUGUGUCAAAAACAUGUAAUUUUUUUGGUUUAUGAGGUCAACAGUAUUCUGUUUAUGUCUUCGGUGCUUUUGUUGACAGCAUGUUUAGGUUUUUGAGCAAAAGAGUGAGUGCCUGCUCAAAACAGCGACUUUUGCCCAAUAAAGGUGCAGACAUUUGCUUAGUUUUUACCCAUUUUGAUACAUUUCUCAUGAAAUUAUUUGGCAUCCAGUGGAACUGAGUUGAAUUUUA